AAAUACGAAAAAAGGAAUCACGCAUGCCUACAAUUGACACAUAACCUACAAUGCAAUAGUAAACAAGGUAAACAAUGAAAGAUGUCGUCCUUGAAGCAUCAGAUAAGACAAAAACUGGGAAUUUUGAAAAUGACGUAAGUGAGCCUGAAAAAUCAAUAUCCAUGUAAACACUGUGAUCAUAUAUACACUAUUUAUUUUACAUUUUAACGAAUCUUUAUUGAAUUUUAUAUUACAUUAUAAUGGAGCACAUAUCCCCUGUUGCUCAUAAUGAAUCUGUGCAAGUGGUGGUAAGGUGUAGGCCUAUUAGCAAAAAAGAGACGGACGCUGGCUGUACAAAGGUAGUGAAUAUAUUUCCCGCACGAGGAGUUAUUGAAGUACAAAAUCCAAAUGCUCGUAAUGAAAAUGAGAAGAAUAAGAUGUUUACCUACGACGCUGUUUAUGACGAAGGUUCAACACAGCAAAGUAUUUACGACGAAACGGUCAGACCUUUAGUGGCAUCUGUUCUUGAAGGGUACAAUGGCUGUGUCUUUGCCUAUGGUCAAACAGGAACAGGCAAAACAUUUACAAUGGAAGGAAAUGUGUCGGACAAAGAAGAGCAAGGAAUUAUUCCACGAGCAUUCGAACAAAUUUGGUCUCAUAUUAAUAGAACCACAGGUGUAGAGUUUUUAGUAUAUGCACGCUAUUUAGAAAUUUAUAUGGAAGAAAUUCGCGAUCUCCUUAAACUAAAAAACCCAAAACCUUUAGAAUUACGUCAGUCGGCCGAAAAAGGGGUGUUUGUAUCACACUUACACUCACAAACUUGCCAGUCUGCAAACGAUAUGAUGAAAGCUAUGAAAGUAGGCAAUCGUAACCGGACUACUGGAAUUACGAACAUGAAUGAGCAUAGUUCAAGAUCUCACGCAAUUUUUCAAAUUUCCAUCGAAAUGGCCGAGGAGAAGUCGAAGAGCGUUAAAAUAGGAAAGUUAAAUCUUAUUGAUUUGGCGGGAAGUGAACGUCAGUCAAAAACCGGAGCCUCUGGUGAUAGACUCAAAGAAGCGAGUAAAAUUAAUCAAGCACUUUCGUCGUUAGGUAAUGUAAUAUAUGCGCUUGCUGAAAACUCACCACAUAUACCUUAUCGGGACUCUAAAUUAACAAGACUAUUACAAGACUCGCUUGGUGGAAAUAGUAAAACCAUUAUGAUCGCAAACAUCGGACCUGCUAGUAUGAACUAUGAUGAAACUAUAAUCACUUUACGAUACGCGUAUCGUGCAAAAUCCAUUAAAAAUCAACCUAUUAAGAAUGAGGACGUUAAAGAUGCAAAAUUACUCGAAUUACAACGUGAGAUUGAAAGGUUGAAGGAGUUAAUUGCUGAAAAAGGUGAAGGUAAACUAUUGAGUGAUGAAUUUUCUUCCACUGCCUCAGAUGAAGAAGAUUUUGACGGUAGUGACGAAGAAAAGAAAGAAAGAGAGAAAAUGUUGGAGGCCGGCAAAAUGGAGGUGGACGAGUUAAAUAAAAAAUUACGCACCUUAGAGAAACAAAUGGUUCAUGGUGGAAAAAAUAUCGUCGAUAGUGUUAAUGAAAAUGAAAUUAAAUUGGAACAGCAAAGGGUACACAUCGCUGCGCGAAAGAAACGAGAAAUAGAAAUGCAGCAGCAGAUUGAGUUAGAAGAUGAAACUUGUACAGAGCUUAAGCAGGUUUUUGCAAAUCUUCAGCAACAAGUUGAAUACAAAAGGGAUAAACUGAAACGUUUGUAUGGCAAGUUGCAGGGAAUGCAACAAGAAAUUGACGAUAAUCAUGAAGAGUAUUUGAAAGAACGACAAGAUCUUGUUGAAACUAAUGACGACCUUUCCAUGCAACUUCGAAAAUCAUUAAUGGUGUUGGAGAACUUCGUGCCACCCGACGAAAGAUCACGGUUAAUUGGUUUAAUACAAUUUGACGAAAAUAGUGAUAAUUGGGUGUUGAAAAGGGAGAAAUUGAGAUUAAAACCUGGAGAUAGGCCCGUAGCUCAUAACUACCGACGUCCAAUAUCAGAGUACACCUUACAAAAGAGUGGUGAUAAUAAUUUUCGUUAUCGUAACGAAAACGUGAUAGAUUUAAGUUUGGAUAUGCCAUUAAAGACGACCACUGAUUAUAAUAGACCUACAAUUUGUCCUCAAGUUAAAGCGGCAGUUAAAAAUGUUAUUAGGAAUGAUAUGGAAAAUAACAAAAUAGUAAUAAAAAUUUCGCCUCACGGGUUCUCGAUGAAAGGAAUUUCUAAGACUGAAUUAGAGGGCAGAUAUAAUAAAGCUGCUAGGAAUACUGUGGAAGUACGAAAUAACAGAAUUAAAACAGCUGCAAAAUCAGCAAAACCUACUUAUUAGUAUGUUCCAUGCCAGCCGACACUUAGAGAAAUAAUAUAUAAUUAUGCUAAAUAGCAUGAGCAAGAUGAUGAUAUUAGUGCAUUUAAUCACAGCUUUUUACUAUAGGCUUUUCCACUUGCACAAUGCAGUAUGAGUUUUACGUCUUUACAUUAAUGUAUGUACUGAACAUGAUACAAUUCAACUCAAUUGCACAUUUUCAGACUGUGCCACUACUGAUGUCAGACUCAGUUUUUAAAAAUCAUUUACUUUUUUAUAAUUUUUAAGGGAUUUUUGUGUAAAAGUUUGUUAUAUACUUGGCGUCAGAUCUUUCGGGUUCUAAAAAUGUUCUUGCACAUGAUAAAUAUGAAAUCACUUUAUGUGUCUUACAGAAUUUGCAUUGCAAACUUCUGCAUCAGCAGAGACUACAAUACCGUUAAAAAAUCGAAACUCAUGUUUGAUUUCCAAAAAAUUAUGAUUAAAAGGUUAGCGUUAGAGCCUAAUUAUUAUCGGAUUAGUGAAAAGUUUAGAUAAUUUAGUCCUUAAUUAUUUUUUAUCUAGUUUAUUUAAAAAAAAAAUAAAGAAAUUCUCAUCAUCAAAAAAAUUACAAUCAGUAUUCAUAUGUCACUAACCGGCUUUUUGAAUUAUUUUGUGAUACAUUUUAUAAAGACAGGGAUAUUUAUUUUUUAAAUAAGGAACUUUUAAUAGCAAUUUUUUUUCAGCAUUAUGAUUAUUUACCCUAAUCAUUAAUUCUUAACAAAGUUACCUACUUGAGCUGGGAUACCGUUUAUGUAUCUGUAUUAUUUUGAUUGUAAUCUAUUAGAAUAGUGCCUAUUAAGGCUCAUACUGCAUUGGAAUAAUGGAUCAGCUAUACUUACUGUGUUUGUUUCAGCAUAAAACGUAAUAAGUAUUAAAUUUUAGCUUUUUGCAUGACUACCAGUUUUUUUUUAAAAUCAUUAAUACGUUUUAGAAAUAUUGUAUUGCCAGUGUUACCUUACCGUACACAUAUAGUGCCAUUCAGGAAAAUGUAUCCUAAUUGCUAUGAUUGUGUAACUGCUCGUAGAAGUUGGUUUAUGUAUGCAUAGUUCUAAUAUUAGUGAAACAAGAGUAAUUCUUAUUUAGAAUUUUACUAUAUAUUUCAAGAUACUGUUGUAAAGUACAUACGAAGCGAUUUUUUGCAUUUGCAGUACUUUGUUGAUUCAUUUUCCUGAUUUAUCAUCCAUGUAUGUGCAACUGUGGAUUUUGGAUGUUGAUUAAUAACAUAAUUUAACAUACAGGUGAUAAUCUGAACUUUUGGAAAUAUUACAGAAGUUCGUUAAUUUGGAAAUAAGUAAAAUUAACAUAAAUCAACUUCUACCUGCAUAAUUAUAUUCUUUUAUGUGUUAAGUGUUUGACAAAAACCUGGACAAAAAAGUUACCAGAUGGCUUAUCGUUCCAUGAAUUUAAAGUUCAAAUAAAUUGCAUUUUUUUAUUAUAGGUACAAUGUAUUGUAUAAUAGUUUUUAAAUAAGAUCAGAUCAAAUGUAUUUUUAAUGAUUGAGAGUGAUUCGCGUUAUGUUUUGUAUUUAUUUUGAAAUUAUGGUUUUGUUUUGUAACAUAAUAUGUAUAUUUUAAUCUUGUUUAUGUUUCAGUAUUAUGAAAGUUUACCAUUAAGAUUGCACAAUGGCAUCUACCAAGUCGAUCCUAGUCCUAUAAUUUUAGUGAUGUGAUAAUUUGGUUAUAUCAUUUAUUUUUGAUUAUAAAAUGAUCUAUUUUAUAUUUGUCUUAUGUGAUAAUUUAUAAACGGGAAUAAAUUAAAAAGAAAGGCUUAAUGUUAA